UUAAAAUUCGCGUCAAAACAAAACUUUCAUGUGUGACGUAUGAACAACUGUUUACUUUUUUAAUUUCGACGAAAGGAAGAUUUAUUUUUUUUGCCUUUCUUGCAGCAAGAGUAAAAGUACGUGGCAAAAUAAUUUCAAUGCAACAGAUUGUUAGAGGUUACCGUUCACUUUUUUCUCCUGUUUAACCUAAAUGUUACUGUGAUAGUGAAAAUGUCUCCAGAAAUCAAUGGAAACCCACCAAGUGUCACUAAAAGAAAGAAAAACCGAGACAAGAAGCCCCCUCAACCCGCCACAUUAAAUCCAUUGGAAUUUAACAUGUCAAAUUGCAGUUAUUUUCCCACUAAUCCGAACAACUACCAGAACAUAAGUAUACCUGAUAUCACGGCUUAUUAUUCAUAUCUAAACUAUUCAAAUCCUUCAGAGCCUAUGUCUUUACCAAUUUAUCCUAUAAAUUACGCGAAUUAUUUCCCUUCUAAUCCUAACCUCAAUUUCAUGGGUGCUACAAAGCAACAGAUGAUGCCUUCAGUAAAUGGUGACAAUAAUGAAUAUCUCAGUUUACCAGUUGCUAAUGCUGACCAGAGUGAUGAUGUAAGUAAGCGAAGGUAUUCCGAUCCAGGAUUACCAAAUGACAGUGAUGAUAGUGUGAAUUCAUUUGAAAGCAAGAUUAUUGAAAAAUUAACACAUCAAAUCAAUGUUUUGAAAGAAAGCAAUAGAAAACUUAACAGAGAAGUGACAGAAAUGAGAAUAGAGCUGAAUAUGUUAAAGCAGCAACAGAAUUCGAGACAUUUUGAUAGAGAAUAUGAACCAGGAAUGUUGGCCGAUAUUAUUAGAGAAGUCAGGGAUGCAGCAAGAGUCAGAGAAGACGCUUUGUUAGCCAAGGUCAAGCACAUGAUUGAAGAAAAGCAGCUAAGUAUGAAUCACCUACACCUAGUGAGUGAGAAGAACCGCAACAACGACCGCAUUUCAAAAUUAGAAGAACAAUUAAAAAACUUGAGCGUAAACAAUUCGAGAUCUGAAGAAAGUGAAGAACAGGUAACAGAAGACGGUGCAAGUACGGCCCGCCAGGUUUUAGAAUUAGAAAGAGAAGCAUUGGUUUUGAGGAGAGAACUUCAAGAAACUCGUGCGAAGAAGGAAGAAGCUGAUCAGAAGUUAUUACAGCUGGAUAAGAAAUUGUCAAGCAUUUUGAGACGAAAUGACAUUUGCCCGUCAGACGUUUCUGAAGAUGGUAAAACAAAUUCAGCUGAUUCCAUUUCAGUGACAACUACAUCGUCGAUUUCACAGGCUCUUCCAAGGGUCACCUUGUCAGGACCAGUCACUGAUUUAUGAUUUAUUAAAUCAUGUCAGCAUCGAGUUAUUGAUGUCCUAGCAAUAAUGUUUAUGGCUUUGAAGAAAAAUCUCGUUCGAAAUUAAACUUAAUGACAAAAUUUUCAGAUGACACUAGAAGCUCCACUCUUUAUCAAACAUUGUAAUAUUGAUUACAAGACAUGACAUAUUAUUGCUGUUGCGGACAUGUUGAUCUUCUACAGUUUUAAGUGCCUAUAGUAUCGCCAUUUAACAUUUCACUUAUAAAAAAAUUCAGCUAUCGUCAUUAUGUACACAGAUAAGACAAAUAUUCGAUUUUUAUGUGGUUGGCACGUGUUAAGGUAGUUUUAUUGAUAUUGGAAAACUUAGAUACAAAAUUUUCGUCAGUUUAGUGUGAUUAUUUAUGAUAUUUUAUCGGUUUUAAUUUAUUCAAGUGUAAAUAUUUACACGUAGAUAUAAAGAUUAUUCUUUAAAAAAAAGUAAAAAUGAAAUAAAAUUUUGCUUCAAUUAAAUAUUUUUUGCAUGUCAACUAGUACAAUAUGUAAAUUUAAAGGUUGUGGACACAUUCCAUCCAAAGUUGAAUAUAAGUAGGUAAUUUUUACAUAGAUUGUGUGCCUUAAUAACUCUUGCUCUUUAUUUAAUGGAACAGAAUUUUGCCAUUGUUCGUUGUCAUAUUGUGUAAUUUCUCGAAUUGUUUUGUGUUAACUUACGUUUGUAAUAAUAUGGAGUGUUGAUUUACGAAUCAAGGAUCUCUUUUCCGAAUUUUUAAAAUUAACUAAUUGAAAUAUUCGGAGGUUAAUUUCACUUUUUUUUUGAUGUGGGACGUUUUUCUGAACAGUUUUUACAUUGUCAAUUUAUUUGUCAAUAUUUGUUCCGAGAAAUCCAACUAAUCAAAUUAAUUAUUAUUGUAGUGUAAUUUAAAUUAAAGCAAUUUUAAUAAAAACCCACGCUCUAUAUGUAGCUGUAAUAUUCCGAAGUGCAUUUUACUAAACUUACUGCAUUUUAACAGCAAAAGAUGCUGUAAUUUAAAUUUAAUUACUUUCAUGAUGUAUCAUUUAUUGUGGCCGUAAGAGCUGAAUACAUAUUCAGUAAAUUAGUAAUUUGCCAUAAUAAAGUGUACAAUUUUGUUUUAAAAAUGCGUUAACACUGCCCUAUGUUAAUAACAUGUACUUACUCAAAUGAUAUUUAAUCUGGAAAAUGUAUGUUUACUUAAUUCUGCAGUUGCAUUCCAAGGGAAUUAGGAAGUUUUAUUUUUGUUUAUACACUUACAGUCAUUUUAGGUUUUUCAAACUUGAUAAAGUCGACGGAAACUGCUCUUCUUGAUUGUGAUAAUAAUGUGAAUAUAUUUUUUUUCGUCAAAGAUAUUUGGACAAUUCACAUUAUUAGCCAUAAGAUGUCUAAAAUGAUUGUAUUAUAGAUGGUUAGGUAUAAAAUAAGAUUACUAUACCCAUGUAGUGUAGUGCUCCUUAAUCCAAAAACAAUAAAUACUUAUAUUUUUAUAAAUUGCG